UGGGGUGAAUAAGCUCCCACAGUUUACAGUUGGAGCAGGACAAGAAGGAGCCGGGCUCACUCCAGGGACAAAGCCCAGAAGUGAAGCUGUUUCAACCCGAACCGGGAGCGGCGGGGGGAGGACGAGCCAACUCAAAAUACUGCACACCUUGUUAAAGCGGCGGACGGAGCACUCUGCCAUGCCAGCCGCUGUCUGCAGGCGGGAUGGCAGGAGGAGCCGGAGCUUUACUUGCAGACGUCGCCCUGCUGGUUCGCUCAGCGGACAGUUAAUUGUCACCUGAAGGCAGCUAUAAGCGGCAGUUCGGGGCGGCGCGGCUGCUUUCUGGAGUCAGCUUUCAGAGAAGCCGCAGGAGCAGCUGGUGGAUGUUGCACCAUGGAGGUGAAGAGGAAACUUCGAGCCAUGCUGAUGCUGAUAUGGAUCUUCCCAGGUGACACCCGGAAGGUGGAGAUGCCCAGCAGAGAGAUGGAGGUGGUGAAGGGCCAGAUGGUGGUGUUACAGGCCUGGUACAGCCCCAGCUCCGACAUCUCCCAAAACACCGUCAUUUGGCACUUUACAGGGAAUGAGUCCAAGCAGGUGAUUAACUUUAGUUCAGGUAAAGUUGGGCACGGACAAAACGAGUUCACCAAGAGAGUGGGCUUCAGCGUGACCAUGCCCUCCGCCAACCUCUCCAUCUACAUCAACAACACGCAGGAGAGCGACUCGGGCCUCUACUUCUGCCACGUCAUCGUCCCCGGAGGGCGCGGCAUUUCCGGAGAGCUGCGGCUUAACGUCAAAGUCCCGCCCUCGCCGCCCCUCUGCAGCAUGACGGGGAACCCGGUGGUGAAGGGCAACGUGACUCUGAGCUGCAAGUCCAGCCAGGGAAAACCCGCCCCUCACUACAAGUGGACCAAGGCCGCGCCCACGUCCGAGGUCUUUUUCUCCCCAAUGCAAAAAUGGAGAGCCUGCCCCCAGCCCAUGCUUGUCCUUGGGUUCAUGGACGAGAGACACGGCACCCUCAGGCUGAGCAACCUCACCAAAGGCAUGUCGGGGAAGUACAUCUGCCGAGCCAGCAACACGGCCGGCUCCGACAGCUGCUCCAUUAACCUGGAGGUCAUCACCUCUUCCAACGGUGGAAUGAUCGCUGCAGCGACUCUGGGGUCCGUGGUGGGGCUGGUCGCCAUGGUGCUCAUCCUCAUAUUCAUACUGAAGAGGAGGCAGGACACGGAGGAGGAGAUGGCCAACGAGAUCAAGGAGGACGCUCAGGCKCCUAAGCGAGUGUCGUGGGCCAAGAGCAACACCGGCUCGGACAUCGUGUCGAAAAACGGCACCCUGUCGUCCAUAGCCACCAGCCCCCGCUCGCAGGACCUCCACCAGCCCAAAUUCCCGUACCCGUACUCCCCCAUUUCGGCAUCGGACACAGGCUCGGUGAUCAACGCCUACCAGCUGCGACCCGGGACGGCCUGCAGCCUGCAGGGGCUCCCCGGGUACAACAUGGGAGGAGGGACCCCUGUGCGCAAACACAAGARGCCGCCCAGCGCGAACGGAGGCCCCCCGCAGAUCGCCAGGSCCCCCGUGGUUGGCACCCYGCUGAAAAGAACUGAGGGGCCUCAGCCUCAGGUUCCUGGCCYGGUUGCCGCGUCGCCGCACAUCAGCUCCUCCACUCUGACGCGCAUGGGGGCCGUCGCCGUCAUGGUGCCCGCCCAGAGCCAAGCGGGCUCCCUGGUGUAGCUGACAGAGGACAGAUGGAGAGAACGCCUCGGGGCGAAGAACAUUUCCUCACGUCGUCCGAGGAGAAAAUGUCUGACGAGGGACUUUAUUUGCAAAAACUUUCCCUUCAGGUUGUUGAAGGAAUCAAWCUCAGUGCAGCGUUCCUCGUCUCUCUGCAGCAUUUGUUCCGGAUGCGGCAUUCACGCUCAAUACAAAGAAAUAUAUAUUUAUUUUUACACGCCUCGUAAUAGAAUCCAACCGUUGAGAUAGCCUGGUUAGCAUUUUGUCUCGAUAUAAAAACACUGAGACGUAUCCUAAAGGGUUUCGCAGCUAAUCGGAAAUUAAAAUGUUUUGACUACAUUUCUAAGCUUUGUAUAAUAACCUUAUAAUGGACAUUUUUAUGUCCCUUUCUCCCUGCCUGUGUAGGGAUUAGUCUUCAGUUCACCAAGCGUUAGUUCUGAGCAACAAAAAAAACAAAAAAACAAACUCAAAGUUCAGGUGCAAGUACUUUGCUUUCCUCGACUUGCUCACGUUGUGUUUGAUUAAAAUGUGUUGAGCUGUUGCAGAAAUAUCAGAGUGAUUCCAUGGUGUGGUACCGAGUGUUCAUUUUUAAAGAGUACUUUGCCUGUUACGGUAGCUUGAAUGUAAACUAAGUGUUGAGUGUAACGUUGAUGGUUUAUAAUUACGGUGCUUGAUUUUCCAUCAGCCACCRCAGACUUUUAGGCCGUUUGGUUUUUAACAAAGAAAACAGCUCAGCUGGUUCAGUCGGUUCUGGUUUUCUUGCAAAUGCUGGUUAUAAUGUGGCUGAUGCUGUGAAAGAUGCAAUAUGUAACUUUUGUUUUUAAAAAGUAUGUUUUUUUGUUUUGUUUUUUACAUAUGUUAAAACUAUCACCUUAUCAUGACAGUAUUAUAUAUGACCAAUUAUCUGUAAAAAAAAGAACAAAACAAAAAGAAAUKGUAAAUGCGAGUAAUCCCGGUCAGAAACAACCAAUCAGAGUUUGGCUGAUUGGUUGUUUGACUCUGAUUGGUCAUUUCUGAUCAAGCAGUGGAACCACAGGGACGAGUCCGAGAAGUGCUUUUUUUUUUUUCCACAAUUAUCUUAAUCCUAAUUCUUCUGAGCAAGAAUUAUGACCAUACUAUCAUGACACAGUGACAGUUUUAACAAAUAUGUAAAAACAUAGUUUGAAUGACAGUUACCUACUGCAGCUUUAAAAGGUUUCACGUGUUAUUUUGAAUGCAGUUGUCAUUUCUCACGUUUAUUUAUUUAUUUUUUAAAUAAAAUAUUCUGGAUUGUUUGACCACUAA